AUGCCAACAACACCGAAACGUUCACGCCGGCGCGAUGAAGGCAAAGAGUUGAUUAAUCUGGUCGUCGUAGGGCAUGUCGAUGCCGGUAAAAGCACACUUAUGGGCCAUCUUCUCUAUCGGCUAGGGUGUGUGGAUCAACGUACACUUCAUAAGUACAAGCAAGAGUCGGCCAGAUCUGGCAAGGCCUCUUUUGCAUUUGCAUGGGUGUUGGAUGAAACAGAAGAGGAACGAUCUCGGGGUGUAACCAUGGAUAUUGCAAAAACAACCUUCGAAACCAAAUCAAAGCGAGUUCUACUCCUGGAUGCUCCCGGGCACAAAGAUUUCAUACCGAAUAUGAUCACGGGUGAGGCACGACAAUCAUCUCGGUUUCAUAGCUGUGGAUACAGUGCGUUUCAUAAUUAUAAGGUCACCCCAGAUUUUUGCGAUUCUGGAGAAAGCAGCCAGAAUGGAAUUUUUUGGCAAACACUGGUAGAUUCCUCGUCACAAUGUACCUCAGUACUCAAAUUGUGGUCGCAAUAUCCUUCACCUCAAAUUUUUUACGAAUUUUUUAAAGAUAGUGUCGGCUUUUGCACCGUUUCAUAA